GUUGCCCGUUGAGGUUGUGCUGGGUCCGUAGGAGGCUCUGAGUGUGAUUCCAAUUGAACCCUGCCCCCGUAAUGAUGGGGCAUGUAUUGAGGCUGCUAGUGAUUUGUCAGGCAGUUUGUUUGUGGCUGGCUGCAGCAAAACUACUCGUAAAAGAGGAGUCUGAUUACAAAGCCCAUGGACUGGGGAAGGACAAUGCAGACAACAAUCAAUUGCAGGAGAUGGAUCUGGAGCAAGAGCCGGUGCUGGUGCCGGCACCGGGACAGCUGCCAAGACCCGCAGUGCAAGUAAAAGUGACAAAUGAAGUGGAAAGUGCCAUGAGAAUGAUGAUGAUGAUGAUGACUGCGAUGGGUAUGAGGCAACAGACGAACUACUUUGACACACAAAUGGCCAACCGACUGCCACUGCUGUCAUUGUCUAACCUAAUGAGCCCCAGUUCCACUCCCACUCCCAGUCCCAGUCCCAGGCCCAAGCUUAGUAUGUUGCCAAUAUUGGAUGGGCGCAGCUCGGACAUCACCCCCAACACAGAACAAUUACUUCGAUUGCAGUCGUCCGACUACAAACUGCUGUACAAUGCCGAACGGCACACGUAUUUCCAACUGCAUACCAUAACCGGCAAUCAUCUCGUUUCGAAUGCGCAUAAGGAUGCGGCGGCGUCCAAUCGAAGAAGGCUCUUCCAGCAGGCAGUGGGCAGCACCCUGAGUGCCGCCUUCGGCCUCAAUGUGAUGGCGAUGGACGGACGGGCUGUGACCACGGAGACUGUGCAUCUCUAUGAUGCCGCCUCGCUGCGGCAGUCGCGCUUCAAUCCCUUCAAUCCGACACGCAUCCUCAUCCACGGCUGGCUGGGCAAUGCAAAUGCCAAUAUCUACAGCGCCUUGCUCCCACCAUACCUAUCGCUGGACAAGGGCCGGUACAACAUCUUCACCGUGGACUGGGGCCGCGGCGCCAUAGCGGACUACAUUACGGCCAGCUAUCGGGUGAAGCCCGUGGGACAGGUGCUGGCCAAAUUCGUGGACUUUCUGCACCAGGAGGCGGGCCUGAGGUUCGAGGAUCUGCAGCUGGUGGGCUUCAGCAUGGGAGCCCAUGUGGCGGGCCUGGCUGGGAAGCACCUGCAGACGGGGCGCCUCAGGAUGAUCCGUGCUUUGGAUCCGGCCUUGCCCUUUUUCCGGUAUGCCCAGGACAAGGAGCGUCUGGCGAAAGGGGAUGCGGACUAUGUGGAGGUGCUACAUACGAGUGUCGGCAGCUACGGCUUCGAUCGCCCGCUGGGGCAUGCCGAUUUCUACGCCAAUUGGGGCAGCCAGCAGCCGGGCUGCUUCUGGCUCGAGUGCAGCCACUGGAGGGCAUUCAUCCUCUUUGCCGAGAGUCUGCGGCCCGGCCGGGAAUUUCCGGCCCGUGGCUGUGCGGUCAGCGAAUGGCAGCAGUUGACCCGCUUCCAUCGGUGCCCCAGGGAGACGGGCAACAGACAGAGCAUGGGCGGCGAUUUGGCCAAUGCCUCAAUGGAGCUGCUUCUGGCCAGACGACAGGGUGUCUAUUAUUUCGAGACAAAUGCUAAGCCACCCUUUGGCAUGGUUCAGCGAAAUGUCAGCCCAAAGGGAAAGCACAAAUAAAUAGAGGAACGGAACAGUAGGGGAGAAUAGAGGAAAACGUAAUGAGCAAAAUGCGAGUGCAGUUCUUCGCGUUUUUAUUUCUAAUUAGUAAGUGCAUGUUCCACACAUGUGUGUGUCUAUGUGUGUGUUUUAGAGAGUGUACUACCAUAAGUACACGAGAGUACGGGUAUGAAAUGUACGCUGUUCCAUUUCUAAAAGCCUGGCUGGCAAAAUUAAAAAAUGCUGCCAUGUGUAAAAUGCUUUUCAUGCCAGUCACAGGCAACAGGAAGGACCCCGUCAAAAACAGCACAACACAAAAAUGGCAGAUGAAUUUCUGAAAAAAUACUUAUGCAGGACAAACUAGGAAACAAAAUGAACACACAAAAACUGGGGGGGUUUGGUACGUAAAUGAAAAUCUAGGGGGGGGAAAUAUGUAUGAUGCCCGAAAAUAAAUCCCUAAAAUUAAUCACUUUUAAUGGGAAACUGAUGAAAAUUGUUAGAAUGCUGCACUAGGUCUUAAAAUGAGAGUUUAAAAUUGCAAUUCAAUAUCAGUCAAUAUUCAAUAUUCCAGAUUAAAUACGAUUUAUG